AUGGGUUUAAACCUUAAAUUAUUUUAUGAAAAGGUUGGAAAAGGUAAUGGAGUUUUGUGUUAUUGCGUGGGUCAUUGUCCCGAAGAUAAAGACACGGGAACGUGCGAGACGAAAGAAGGAGGUUCUUGUUUUACCGCCAUUCAAGAAGUUUUCAACAUAGAGACGAACAAAUGGGAAUUGGAAAGGACUUACGGGUGUCUUCCCGGAGACGAGAGAGGAUUUAUGCAAUGCAAAAGUUACAUGAUACCACACGCGAAGGAAAAAGCUAUCAAAUGUUGCAAUUACACGGACUAUUGUAACAGAGCUUUGACUCCCAAAUUUGAAGUUCGAAGCACGACACCGAGUCCGGGAAUGUCUUACGAUGAUAGCAUUCACUACAUAGCUCUUAUUAUUUCAGUGACUGUUUGCUUAAUAGCAUUUCUUGUUAUUGUUGCAUACUAUUACCUCAGGUACAAAAAAAGAGAAGAUAUGAGACUAUUUAACCUCAGUCAAGCGAGCAGAAAUUGUGAUGCUUAUUUGGCAACUACGGGAACACUCUCGGAACUCAUUGAACAAAGUUCUGGAUCGGGUUCGGGUUCAGGAUUACCCCUUCUCGUUCAGCGAACAAUCGCUAAACAAAUUCAAAUGGUUCAUUCUAUUGGAAAGGGUCGAUACGGAGAAGUUUGGCUCGCUCACUGGCGAGGGGAAAAAGUUGCCGUCAAAGUAUUUUUCACGACGGAGGAAGCCAGUUGGUUUCGUGAAACGGAAAUAUACCAAACAGUAUUAAUGAGAAAUGAAAACAUAUUGGGAUUCAUCGCGGCGGACAUAAAAGGAACGGGAUCUUGGACUCAAAUGCUUUUGAUCACGGACUAUCACGAAAAUGGUUCUUUGCACGACUAUUUAGCCUCUCACGUUUUAGACUCAUCUUCCCUAAUGAAAUUGGCCUUGUCGACGGCAAGUGGAAUCGCUCACCUUCACCUCGAAAUCUACGGGACUCGCGGAAAACCCGCGAUAUCACACAGAGACAUUAAAAGUAAAAAUAUAUUGGUUAAAAGAAAUGGAGAGUGUGCCAUAGCAGAUUUCGGAUUAGCUGUCAGAUACAUCAGCGAAACUAAUAAAAUAGACAUAGCUCCAAAUACUCGAGUGGGAACGAGACGAUACAUGGCACCGGAAGUACUCAACGAAACACUAAACACUUCCGCUUUUGAAUCAUUCAAAAUGGCCGACAUGUACUCUUUAGGUUUAGUUUUUUGGGAAAUGACUCGGAGAUGUGCCACCGGUGGGAAAUUGAGUUCUGCCGAAGACUAUCAAUUGCCUUAUUACGACUGUGUGCCUAACGAUCCCUCUUUCGAGGACAUGCAUCAAGUGGUUUGCGUGAAAAAUAUCAGGCCUCAAGUACCACUCAGAUGGGAAUCGGAUGAGGUAUUUAUUGAUGAUGAUACAAUUUUACUUUUUUUUUGUUUUGAAACUUUGUCGAAAAUAAUGCAAGAAUGUUGGCAUUCAAAUCCUCCAGUUCGAUUGACGGCUCUUAGGGUAAAAAAAACAUUAUCGAAAUUAAAAGCGGACAAUUCAAUCAAAUUAGUGUAA